GAGGAGGGCGAGGUGACGUCUGUCUCUGUUGUUAUAGCCGGUUUCUAUGGUUACAGACGCAGAGCGCUGCACUCCAUUAGUUGACGUUUUUUUAGUCAUUUAACUCGCAAUAAAUUAAUAUAGUGUGGCCAAAAAGUAGUAAAGAACAAUGGAAGCGCUGAAUUUGACACGCGAUGAAGUCAAUCGAAUGAGCGAAGCUCUUAAAGACGAAACGUUCCGUCAGUUGUUGAGUGAAUACGCCGCAGAGAUCUCGAACCCGGACAACAAGAGACAAUAUGAAGAAGACAUCACACAGCUCGAGGCAGAUCGAGGCAUGCACGUGCAGUUCAUUCACCCUCAAGCGCAUCACGUAUUGAAGUCGAGCAGCGCUGGCGGGAAAUGUUUUAUUAAUGUGUGUUGCGAUCCGCUGAUCGAUAAGCCUUCAUGUGAAGCAGCUCGAGACAGAGACGGUAAUGCGGGUCACAACUGGACUUUACCCCACAGCCUGACACCCGGCAGACCCGAUAGAGACGCCAAAGGAAACGCGUGCGUGAUUUAUGACGCGGUUUUUCAUCCAGAUGCGCUUCACAUGGCGGAGAAAAACGCGAGAUUUAUGAAACUCAUCGACAGCACAGCCAUCGGAGGGAUUGAAGACUCUUUCCAAAUUAAACUGGAUAGCAGCACAAUAAAGCUGCUGAAGAGCAAGUACAAAGGUGUUCCACAUCCAGCGGUGAUCCGGAAGCCCACAUCUGAGUUUAUGAAACACCAGCAGAGCAAGUGUGAGGAAAAACUGACGUUUCCAUAUCCAGAUGUGUGCUCCGCUGUGGCUCCUCGUCCUGAUCAAACAGCAUCUUCUUCGUCCAAACAGUCCAGAAAACCAAAUUACACCUUGAAAUACAGAUCAGUUGUUGAUUUACAAAAUUACAGACACUCUCGAGAUUCCACGUCCAGCACGAGACCCAAAGACAUCAUGGUCAUCAUCGAUUUACCGCUGCUCACUUCAGCACGUGAUGUUGAUGUCCAUGUGACGGAGCGACGACUCGUCCUGGAGACCCAAAGAGGCUCAUAUAAACUGGAGCUUUCGCUCUCUUAUCCUGUGGAUGAAGGUAAAGGAGAAGCUAAAUUCAACAAAACAACAAAGCAGCUGACAAUAAUUCUCCCUGUUUUACCAGUGAAGAACACUGAAUCACCUCAAAUGAUAUGUGAUGAUGAUGAAGAUGAAGAGGAGAGAGACUCUGAGGAUAAAGCAGAACUGAUGCAGAAAGAGAAACCACACAAAACCGAACAGACAGCAUUAAAGAGUGAAAUUUUAACACAAUCCACAAGUGACGGAUUUGGGCAGAAAACUGUUGCAGUAGAAUCGCUGUGUUUAUCAAACAGUUGUGAUGUUGAUGAAAUAAACCCACACACGUAUGAUACGAUCAUCAGAAUCAUCAUGAAUCCAACCGAGAGCAGAACCGAGACAGAUCAUUUCCCUCACACAUGUGUUGCAGAAAUAAUCCCAGAUGAAGAAGAAAAUCUUUCUGACAUGAACAUCGAUUCACAUGAGAUGACGUCUGUCUGCAACAUCUGCACUCAUAUGGAAACAUCAUUUGGGGCUACAGCCCACGAGGCACUGGUGUCACGUAACGUUGACAAAAUAUACCAGAAUUCAAUGACGAGCAAACAGCCGAACGUCUUCCCAGCACUUGAAGAAGAGCCUCAGCGUUCUUCUGGUUUAACCAAACCGCUGUCACAAAAACCAGAGACCAAAGAGCCACAUUCUACACUGAAUCCUGGGAAUGACAUGAAUUUCAUCUUAAAUAAGGAAAUCCAGGUGCAAGCAAAGGAACCAGCAGAUAUUGACAAUAAUUCAAAAUUAUAUCCUGCAAUUGUGAAAGAAACCGAAUCAGACAGAAGGGAAAUAAUUAUUUGUGACUACCAGACUUCAGCUGCUCUGUGUUUCCAGAACUCUCUGUGUUUUGAUUUGGAAUGAUGAGGGUAAAUGCGUUUAAGGGAUACUCCUCCCAAAAAUUAAAAUUCUGUCAUGAAUUACCCCCCCCCCAUCUGUCUUGUGAGUGAAUAAUGACAGAAUUUUCAUUUUUGGGUGGAGUUUCCCUGUAAUGUUUAGGGAGUGUGAUUGUGUUAUUGCUGUAGUUCCUAUACCCUAAAUGUGUUGAUCAAUAAUCAUUAAUUAAACAUUCUUAUUAGUUC